AUGAUUGAGCCUGAUGCAAGGGAAUUAAGCCAUACCUUAGCUUCAUACCUUAGCUUUAUCCUUCAAGGAAAAUGGAAAAAUCCCCAGCCUAAUGACACCAUUGGGGACGUCGUUGUUCUAAAAGUUGGCACAAAAUUCAAGAAAAUUAGUAAGGUGAAGAUGGAUUGGCAUACUCCUUAUGUGGUUUCAUGGGUGAACUGUAUCUGGUGCAGGUGCGCUGGUAAUGGCGCAGGCAGGCUGGUAAAGGCACGGGUGUACCAGAGCUUAAAGCAGGUUCACCGUUCUGUUGGCAUGAGCGCGACGGUGAGGUUGGAAUGCAAACACUUUCAGAACGAUGCGGUGGAACACAGCAUUGAGGCCGUCAGUGGCGCCGACGGUUAUUAUACAUUCAUUGUUCCCAAUGAUCACGAGGAGGAAAUUUGUUAUGUGAAGCUGAUUAAGAGCCCGAGGGCUGAUUGCGCUGAGUUCGUUGAGAACAGAGAGCAGGCGCGCAUUCUGCUUACCGAAAACAGCGGUCAGGCCAACAACUUGCGUUAUGCUAAUGCGUUGGGCUUUCUCAAAGAUGUCGCACUUCCAGUAUGCCCCGAGCUGCUCAAGGCCUACGAAACUGAUGAUGAUUUUUAAAUAAUUAAAAUGGAGAUAUAUGAUGAUUUAUUUAUAUGUUUUUUGGUUUCAUGGAAGUUUUUAUAAGAAUAUAAGUGAUUGAUUCAAGGAACAAUUCAUGGGGGUAUGAGUAUAUUGGGAAUGGGUUGUUGAUGAAGUUGCAAUUUCUAUUUAUUGUGAAAGAUUGUUUUGUGUUUUUUCUUUCCU